CGCAUAGGUUUGUUGUCACACAUGCCAAACUAGAGAAGUGUUUAGCAAACACUUCUAAAACUUUAUUUAAAAAAAAUUUCCUUUACACUUUUCAAGCUGACGAUGAUUUGAUAAUAUGUACGUUAGUGACAGGAGACAAAAACGGCGAGGAUACGAAAGGGGAAAUUAAUAUGGUAGCUAGCAAACUGGCUAAUACGGCAAACUUACAGUGUCCACAAGUGAAAAUAUCUGUCAAAAUCUACUAGCUCGUUAAUACGACCAGCUAGCUACCUAUCUAUGUCAAAUGAAUGACUGAAUAUCAUUUGGCCAGUUGUGUAUUCAGUUUAAUUAACACGUGGGUUGAUGUUUCUAGCCAUCACAUGUUGCUUAUAGCCAGCUAGAUCAGACAGAUGUGUAUCAGCUGCAUUGAGCGGAUAUGAUUUGUAACUAGCAGCGCUGUGGUGUGUAGUAGUUGUAAUUUUGAUUUGUUGUGUAUGUCUGUGCUCUCUGCUUGAAACGGAGACCCACACAAAGGCAGACAGGGAAGCAGACAGACAGGUAAGCAGACAGACAGGUAAGCAGACAGACAGGUAUGCAGACUAGCUCAUAGAUGGACUGAAACUCGAACCCACAGAACCAGCAUCAUCAACAGACACUCAGACAGACAGCUGACUAACCCGCAGACAGCUGAACUCACCCACAGGCAGACAGACAGCUAAGCUCACAGACAGACCUGUGGACUGACAGCCCAGUCAUGAUCCUGGUGGAUCCGGGCGUGUACAUCGGUGCGGUGACAGACCUGACAGAGCCGGCAUUGGCCGAGGCAGCUGUCACUCACAUCCUGAGCGUCGACUCUGAGGAGCCCGUCCUAUCAGGAGGCCCGUUCACCAGGAAGUUUCUGAGGCUGCAGGACGAGCCAACCAGUGACCUACUCAGUCACCUCGACCAAUGUCUGGCCUUCAUUCUGGAUGCCACGGUGACCAAUGCAAUGUCAACCACCCCUACAAAGACCGCCACUGUCCUGGUCCACUGUCACGCAGGGCGGAGUCGGAGUGCUGCCGUGGCAACGGCCUAUCUGAUGAGACAACACCAGCUGAGCUUCCAGGAAGCGUACUGCAGGUUGCAGCAGGCCACGCCCCACGUAGAGGUGAACCAGGGCUUCCAGGAGCAGCUCUGUCUGUAUGAGUCUAUGGGCUGUCAGCUGGACACCAGCAGCCCCCUCUACAAGCAGUACAGACUGCAGAAGAUCACUGAGAAGUACCCAGAGCUGCAGAGCGUGCCCAGAGAGGUGUUUGUGGCCGACCCCGCCCAGGGCUCCGCCCCCAACUGCCCUGAGACAACCUACAGAUGCAGGAAGUGCCGUCGGACGUUAUUCCGGGAGUCCAGUCUCCUCAGCCAUCCCAUAGGGGGCGGAGCUUCUUCCUUCAGCUACAGGAAGUGCCUGCCCCCAGGGGGCGGAGACCAGAGUCGCUGCACCUCCUACUUCAUAGAGCCCGUCCAAUGGAUGGAGCAGGCCCUGCUGGGUGUCAUGGAUGGACAGCUGCUGUGUCCUAAGUGCUCGUCUAAGCUGGGCUCCUUCAGCUGGUGUGGAGACCGCUGCUCCUGCGGACACUGGGUCACGCCUGCCUUCCAGAUCCACCAGGCCAGGGUGGACCGCAUCACACGCUGAACACACGCACACGCUGAACACACACACACUCUUACACACACUCUGCAGUUGUAAAAAGAAUAAAUUGCGUUUUUGAAAUUGUUGGGAAUUAGAUUUUAUU